AUGGAGCGACACGACGAAGGAUUCCAUGCUGACGUGGAGGACGCGGAUGAUGACGGGAUGAUGGACCACUUGAGCGACCCGGGUGUUUAUUUCCAGCAGGAGACCGCGAACGAGGUGGCGCUGUCGCAGGCCAUGCGAUGGUGCAACCCGGACGACGACGUCGCGAACAAGUCCAACUAUUCGCACACGACGCCGGUCAGCCCUACCGCUGGAGAUCUCGAUGGUUCUCCUGGAGAGAAUCGCGGGGACGCGGUGUUGGCGCGCGAGGAGGCAGAGAAGCGCACGUCGCUAAGCGACGCGUCCGUGGAGAAUGUCGCCCUUUGGAGUCGCAGUCGCACGACGAUGGAGCACGACGACUAUGCGCACAUGUUCGACGCGCACGGCGGACUGCAGCCCGACGGCGACCGCGGUAAGAUCCGCGCAGACGGGGACGGGGGAGACGAGGGGGGAGAGAGGGAAGAGAGGGAAAGGCUCGAGGAGGAUAGGGACGAAGCGUGUGGUUAUCGGGAUGGGACGGGAGCAGACAGAUUCGGCGCGGAUGGAGACUACGAUGACGAUGACGAUAACGAUAACCGUCACGGGAACGAUGACGUCAUGGGGUUCCAGUUCUGGCGCACGUCGCUUCCGCAGGACGGCAGCGCAGACGGGCAGCACGCGGACGACGCGGAGUCGGCGCACGCGGCGGAGUACGGUACGAUGUGGCACAACAUGACAGGGCACCUCGAGAACAUGAAAGAUGACUGGGCGGAGGCGCAGGCGGUGGCGGAAGGGGAGGCAGGCAGCGGGGGCGAGGCGGAAGCCGACGACGAUACGCGGAGCCAAGCGUCCGCGCAUUCCGACACGGCGCUGCUCCUGGAUCACCUGCAGCUGGGGGUGUCGGGGCCGCUGUCGGUGCUGCCGUGGGACGAGGAGGCGGAGGAGGAGGCGGCGCAGGAGGCUGCGCGGGAUGCGCGGGAGGAGAUUCGCGCCUCGCGGGCGGAAAUGUACUUCAGCCCGGAGGGGGAGGAAGCGGAAGCGCCAAGAGGGGGAGAAGAGCCGUUUUCCUUGGGCCCGUCCGCCGUUGACGCCAGGGGCGCGGAUGGCCUUCCGCAGCGGGACGCUUCCGCCAUCCCCGCCGGAGAGGACGUUGGCGCGGGGGAUUCCGCAGCCAGUGAGGGCGCAACCAGCGACCAGGCGGGGCGGACCGAGCCCCGCUCGGACAUGCUUCUUCCGCGCAUCCGCACCACGGGGGACCUCCUCCUCGCCUGUCCGCCCACAGGCGCAUCUUCCCCCGUCGGCGAAGCGGCAGCCGGCGCGGACGCCAUUGCGGCGGACGCGCAGUCCAUGCCGGAGCUGGGGGACGUGCAGCUCUCCGCAGUGGAAGGAAGCGCAGGCGCGGGGACCAUCGGCUCGGGGGAGGGCAUUGGCGGAGCGUCCGCGGGGAAAGCGGCAGGUGUGGCGGGAGGAGAGGCGAAGGAGGCGGGGAAGGCGGGGGAGAUGACGGCGAUGUGGCUGGCGGGCAUCCCGCGCGUGGAGGCGUGGGUGCGGUGCCUCCCGCGCGGGCAGUGGGAGCCCGGCAUGAGCAAGCGCUCCAUGUCGCACGGCCACAUGCACGGAGGGGGCGCGGCGGCGGCGGGGAAUCUGCAGGCCGCGGUGGCUGUGGGGGCGGCGGCGGCGGCGGAGCAUGCGGGGAGGGUGGUGCGCGGGCUGGACAAGCACGCGGCGGCCGUGUACCUGUCCAUGCGCGGGCUGCUGGUCGUUCCGCCGCUGGGGGCGUUCUCGUCGCUCAAGACGCUCGACCUGUCGCGCAACAACAUCAGUGCUCUUGCAGCGUUUUCCUUCUUGCAUUGCUUUGCAGCCCCUGCGUCGGUGGCAACAGGGGUGCUGCCGAGGUCGCUGCACAUCCUGGACCUGUCACACAACCGCCUGGCCGCUGUGGAGGGGCUAAGAGAGCUCUCACGCCUCAAGGUGCUCAACCUCUCCAACAACCGCCUCGCCCGCAUCGGCCACGGGUUGUCGGGGUGUGUGGCGCUGAGGGAGCUGUACCUAGCGGGCAACAGGGUGGGGGAGGUGGAGGGGCUGCACCGCCUGCUCAAGCUCACCGUGCUCGACCUGGGCGCCAACAAGGUCACCACCACCAAGGCCCUCGGCCAGCUCGCCGCCAACUACGCCUCGCUGCGUGCACUCAACCUCGCAGGAAACCCCAUCCAUGUGAACCUGGGGGAUGACGCCUUCAAGCGCUACCUCAUUGGCCUGCUGCCACAGCUGCUGUACCUGAACCAGCGCCCCAUCAAGACGCCCUCGUCUCGCGACGCGCUCUCCGACCCGCUCAAGGCGCGAGGGGCCAGUGCGCCCCAGCUGCACCACGGGCACUCCUCCCGCUCCGCCUCUCGCACCGCUGGUGGCAGCACCUCACGGCACCGCACUGGCGGGAACAGCAGCAGCGGGCUCAGGAAGGCUGGGACAGGAGGAGUGAGUGGGUCGGGGAGUGGAGGGGGGUCGAAGGAUGGGCACCACAGGACUCACCAUGGGUCGAGCAGUGGGGCUCAUCAUUCGUCCCGCACUCGCACGGCCACGGGCGGGCAUUCGACGCAUCGGAGUAGGUCGGGCGUGGCUGGUGGGAGCAGUGCAGGAGUGGGGGAGAAGUCUCGGCACCACCAUCACCAUCAUCACCAUUGA